AUGCCUCCAAAAGGAAGGAAGACAAGGAGAACGGUUGGAGAAGACGCACCUCAAGCUAAUCUCCAACCUCCACAAGCUGAAUUCCCUAUGAACGCCCUUCUUGAAGCCUUAAGAGUAGUUCCCGCUGAACAGAUGGAUCCUGCCGCUCGACAGAGUCAUCAUUUUCAAGUCUUUCAUCGGAUCCAAGUGCGUGAGUUUGAGGGUGGACAAGAUCUCAUGGUAGCUGAAAGGUGGUUGAGGCAGAUAAAGAAAAAUUUCAACACAAUAGGAACACCUAAGGAAUACCAAGUUACUUUUGUUGUGUCCAAGUUAGAGGGUGGUGCAGCAGAUUGGUGGGAGACCUUGUCCAGGACAAUGGAAACUGAUGGGAUGACUUGGCGAGAAUUUGAGAAAGUUUUCAGGGAACAAUAUUUUAGUCCAUCUCACAGGAGGGCUCUUAUUGGAGUAUUUGAUUGUUUAAGACAAGGGGAUAUGACUGUGAAUGAAUUUUACAUGAAGUUUGUACAGCUAUCCUCUUAUGCAAAUCCUGGUGUUGUUGAUCAACCCUUGGUGAUUGAACAGUUCAUGCGUCGUUUGAGGCCUGCGAUACGUGGUCCUAUAGCACCUUUGACCUUUAACAACCUGACUGAGUGUGUGACAGCAGCCUUGCAAACUGAGGCUCAUGUAGAAGGGAAUGAGAAGAAGAACACAAGUAGAGGAAGAGGAAAUGACCGAAAGAUGACCAAGAAGAAUCAAGGACAGUGGUCCCAAGGACAAUUUAGUGGGGGUAGCACUAGUAGUGGUUCAUAUGGAAAGACUCGUAGUGGACCAUACGGGUGUUUCAGUUGUGGUCAACAAGGUCAUAAGAAGAAAGAUUGCCCACAAUGA